CCCUCAGGAUAUGGCAACUACUAUUCAUUUAUAGCAAUAUAAUUUAUAUCUUAGUUUUAUCUUUCCCCAUAUGAAUGAUAAAUGAAUUUUGCUGACCAAUUAUGAUGAAAUUUACCAUAAUUAACAAUAUGAUAAACCCAUAAUAAGCUUGGCUUUCAUUCAUGCCCAUAGACGUCCAGUGCAUGCCAUUCUCUCGGGCAAUUAACAAACAGGCCGACUUUUAAUCCUCGCUUUUUAUAUCAAUCUCACUCAAAAGAAGGCAAGCGUUUUUCUUUCUUUUUCAUUUUUUUCUUGAUGGUGAGCAGCAAUGGCGGUGGUAAUCUUAACGAAGCUUUGUUACCACAUGGUGGAGUUGAUAAACAUGAUCAAGAAAACGCCAGGGAACUUGCAUCUAGAGUCUGGAUUGAAACCAAGAAGCUAUGGCAAAUCGUGGGACCUGCUAUUUUCAGCAGGAUAGCUUCCUUCUCCAUGAAUAUUAUCACCCAAGCCUUUGCAGGCCACCUUGGAGACGUUCAGCUCGCUUCCAUAUCCAUAGCCAACACUGUUAUCGUCGGCUUCAAUUUUGGGCUCUUGGUUAUAUUAAUUGACAAUCAGCUAGGAAUGGCGAGCGCUUUAGAAACGCUAUGUGGACAAGCUUUUGGUGCGAAAAGAUACCAGAUGUUGGGCAUUUACAUGCAAAGGUCAUGGAUUGUGUUAUUCUUCUGCUGUUUUUUGCUGUUGCCAGUUUACGUUUUUGCCAGUCCAAUCCUGGAAUGGUUAGGUCAGCCUGAGAAUGUAGCAGAGGAGACAUGUGUGGUGGCUAUGUGGCUAUUACCACUGCACUUCAGCUUUGCGUUUAUAUUCCCAUUGCAAAGAUUCUUGCAGAGCCAGUUAAAGAAUCAGGUGAUAGCAUGGGUGACAUUGGCGGCUUUAGUGAUCAAUGCGUUCACGAGUUGGGUAUUUGUGUAUGUGCUGGAUUUUGGAGUUAUUGGUGCUGCUAUUGCUUUGGAUGUUUCUUGGUGGUUUAUGGUAUUUGCGCUGCUUGGUUAUGUUUUGUAUUGGUGUCCUCUUACUUGGACUGGUUUUUCAGUUCAAGCCUUUUCUGGGUUGUGGGAAUUUUUCGAACUCUCUGCUGCUUCUGGUGUCAUGCUUUGCUUGGAGAAUUGGUACUACAGAAUACUAAUAUUAAUGACUGGGCAUUUGAAAAAUGCAACACUAGCAGUGGAUGCCUUGUCAAUCUGCAUGUCUAUUAACGGAUGGGAGUUCAUGAUCCCUUUGGCCUUCCUUGCAGCUACAGGGGUGAGGGUGGCAAAUGAGUUAGGAGCUGGGAAUGGCAAAGCAGCUAAAUUUGCAACAAUUGUGUCUAUGGUGCAAUCGACUAUAAUUGGCUUGAUCAUCUGCCUAAUUAUUGUGAUAUUCCACAACAAAUUUGCAGUAAUAUUCACAUCAAGUAGUGAUGUACUUGAAGAGGUGGACAAGCUCUCCAUCUUCCUAGCAGUUACUAUUCUCCUCAACAGUAUUCAGCCAGUUCUCUCAGGAGUGGCAGUGGGAUCAGGAUGGCAAGCAAUGGUUGCUUAUGUAAACCUGGGCUGCUACUACGUAAUUGGGCUCCCACUUGGAUUCCUAAUGGGAUGGGUAUUCAAAUUGGGUGUAAAGGGAAUCUGGGGAGGAAUGAUAUUUGGUGGAACAGCUGUUCAGACAGUGAUCUUGGCCAUCAUAACAAUGAAAUCUGAUUGGGAUAAAGAGGCUGAGAAAGCUCGCGCUCGAGUAGCAAAAUGGUCAAGCCCCCACCCCGACGAUCAGCCAGCAGAGCCUGCUAGACGUUGACCACACUUCUCAUGAUCAAUGGCAAUAAUUUCUACAUUGACAAUUUUUCUCAUUGCCACAUAUCUGCCUCUGCUCUGUAGAAGCAGUUACAUCUAUUUAUAUUCAAAACCCAAAACCGAUUUUGAAAAUUAUUGUUGAUGUUGGAUCUACGUCAUAAUUUCAGUUUGAGUCGUAUAUACAAAUAACAGUUUAUCCAUAUUACUGUAUCAUCCCUGAAAAAUUUUCUGUUGAUUUCAAGAUAAA